GUCAAGUCGGUGGCCUUCCCCUCUGACUCAAAGUUUAUAGCAGCUGGAUUGAACGACGGUACUGUCAAUGUCUGGAACAGCACGACGGGCGAACCGAUACAGACGAUAAAGAGCAAAAGACAGGUUCGAUUUGAAUUGGUGGCCUUUUCACAUAAUCCAGAUUUUGUGGUAACGUGCUCAAGUCAGUAUAAGAUCGAGAUCUGGGAUCUUAGGACAGGAAAACGCCUGUACACAUUUGGGGCUUGGAAGGAAGAGCUGUGCCUUGCCAUCUCUCCCCACUCAAGGCUUGUGGCGUCGGGCUCAAGUUACGGAACUGUCAAGAUCUGGGAGAGGACUCGUACGGCGGAAAAGCGCCUUCGGGAGCUGCAGAACCAUAGGUACAGUGUCCAUUCAGUGGUCUUCUCGCAUGACUCCAGAUUCAUAGCAUCUGGCUCGUCCGAUGGUACCGUCAGGAUAUGGGAUGUUGAGACGGGCGAGUGCUUAGAAACGUUCAAUGGACAUGAACGCCGCGUUAACUCAGUGGUCUUUUCGCAUGACUCCACGAUGAUAGCUUCUGCAUCGGCUGACAAGACCGUCAAGAUCUGGAAUGUUGGGACGGGUAUGUGCCAGCGAGCACUCCAGGGCCAUCGCGACGGCGUUAACUCAGUGGCCAUUUCGCACGACUCAGGGAUAUUAGUUUCCGGGUCCAGCGAUAAAACCAUCAGGAUAUGGGACGCAAAAACUGGGCAAUGCCUACGGGUGCUUGAGGGUCACAGUACGAAGGUUUCUUCGGUGGCCUUGUCGCACGACUCGACUCGUGUAGCAUCUGGUUCAGACGAUGGUACUAUUAAGAUAUGGAAUAUGUCAAUCUUGCUCACCAUGCUGCCCGCCAGCGGCGUUGACACCCCAACAUCUACCUCGUCGGACUUUUCUUAG